GCGUCGUGUCUUUGAUCAUUUGGUCAUUGCAAAUGAUAAUGGCGAAGGUGGCCCUUUCGCCCUAUAUUCAUUAUUGAUAAGACAUUCUGGACUCUCUAUAGGUGCAGAGGCUCCGAGAUUAGAUGAUAUAAAUAUAAUAAAUUACAAAAGCGAGUCAAUAAUUGGAGUUCCGAACUUUAUCGAACGUAGUAAAUUCAUACAAAACUUGUUAAUAAUAGUUGUCAUGCUUAGUUCUUCAUUGUUAAUAAGUGAUGGCAUGUUAACUCCUGCUAUAUCGGUAAUUUCGGCCAUUGAGGGGUUUGUAAUUCCCUUGGAAAAAAUGGAUAAUAUAGGAGACGAAGAAUUAAAAAUGAUUACUAUUUUCACGAGCUGGUAA